AACAUGAGCCAGCACUGUGCCCUUGCGACAAAGAAGGCCAAAGAUAUCCUGAGCUGCACUCGGUCAGGCAGAAAAUACCUGGAUCUGCUUGGAUGAUGAGGAAGAUGAAGUGUUCCUGGGGACUCUUCAGGAGAAGCAGCAGCAAGGGGGAGAAAGCGGCUGGUGAAAAUGCAAGGAUGCUUCCCAAGACUGCUCGGGAGGAGGGAAAGGAGCAGGAAGCAAAGAAGAGAGGGAAACUGAAAAAAGUGGGAGGCAAAUUGCUAAAGGCUAUGGCUAGUGGGAAAGAAGCAGCUGAAAAGAAGCCUGAAAAUGAGAGUAUGGCAGGGAAUUGCCUGAAGAUUGCAAUAUGUAGGAAGGAAGUAGAAGGAAAGAAGUCUGCAGAGGAAACCAUCUGUGGAUUCAUUGAGCAAGGGCAAUUUUUUCAAGCUUGUAAUCAUAUUUAUAAUCUGGAGUGUUCUGGAAGCGAUGGUGUGAGAAAGUCUGAAUCACUUUACACGCUACUGGCUGAACGGAUGUGGUCCGUUGUGGGACAAGUGUUCAGUGGAAGCGACAGGAUGUUACUGGAGCCAUUGCAGUCAGUAGGCGAGUCGCUGAAGUGGGAGAAGCAGAAGGAAGAGGAGUGGUUUGGCAGCAGCCAAAGGAUGGAACCUGUUUCCACCUGGAGUCCCAGGUUUUGGAAGAAAGACCUGGAGGAAAAGCUAAUAAAGUACAUGACAGCCCAGCUUCCCCCCUUCGAUUCUGCUAGUAACACAGACGAGACUGCAUUAAAACAGCAUCUGAGUCAACUGGAAAUGAUGUUUCUGCCCAGCCUGGAGCACAAAAGUGGUUUCUUCAAGGAAGCAGGACUGCUUGUCAUGUACAGCCGGUGCUGUCAUGCCUGCUUGUCUUCUCACCUUUCUACCCUUACUGACAAUGACCAUGUUAGCUUCAGCCAAUGUCUUUUAGUUUACGAAUGGUGCCUUAAAGUGUACAAAAGUGGCAACAGGACAUUGCUGGGACCCAGGCAGACCCCACACCACAGCCUUUCCCUUGACGCACAGUGCCUCGUGUGGAUUAUUUUGAAGACAGAGGAAAAGUUACUUGCAGUCACCCAGAAGGAGGUAGGGGAAGCCCUGAAAGAAGCCUUUGACAUUAGGAAAAACCCUUGUUCCAGUGCUGCAGUCAUUCAGGUUUUAAUGGAGAAGGCAGAGGCUGCCCAGCGCAUCAGUGAGAGCCUGAGGGAGAGAGUGGGAGCCGUGUGCCUGGAGGAGUGCCUGAGCUUCCUCGAGAGCUAUGAAAAUGAAGUAAGAAGCUUUCUACAGCUCGACGGCUGCCCUGGGAUCUGCAGCGGCUUACGAAUCCUUGAGAACUGCUGCCUUCUCAGAGCUGCCUGGCAUAAACUAACAUACAUGUGCAGUGCCAGCACUGAUCAGGAUGUUAAGGUAAAAGGAUUUCUAGACAGGACGGAAGGCGAGAUUGUAGAACGUCUUCUGCAGACAAUCACUUCUAAAGUCAAGAGAACACUGAAGGAUCACUUCAAAAAAUGUGACAGUGGUUUAGACCUCAUCCUAGAAUCCUUAAAGCAAAGUUUUUUGGCAUUUGGAAAGAAAAAUACAGGCAUAUAUGAGGUUCUUGUCAAGGAUGUCAACGCCAUCAUUAUCACAGAAUAUGUGCAGGCCCUCCUGGCCAUUUCCAGGAAAUCAUCUUCUGGGCAGAGGAGGAGGAUUGUCAGCAGGAUAGAAGAAGAUCAUAGGAUGCUGCAAACCAUCUUUAAAGAGUGCUUAGGUCCUAAAAUAGAUUCCCUCAAGGAUAUAACAAAAGCAAUUCUAGGACUUAUUCAAACUUCUGAUGCUGAGGGAAUGAAAAUAGCCCUUCUGCCCAUUCUCAGAGAGUUCCCUGAUCUAAGGUCUGCUGUGAGAAAGACGAGGGCUGUCUGCCCGUGGCAAUCACAGCUCCUUGCGAGUGUCCGGGACCGGUGCAGUCAGAGGCACGAAGAAGCUGGCCAGCCGCAGAAGACAAAAUUCCCACAUUUUUUCAAGAAACUCGUGAGGCCCAAAUCCGAGUCGUCCAUGCAGAGGCUGGGUGGUGCAUGACUAGGUCAUGGCAGAGAGACAUUCCUGCAAAAUUUCCUAGAGACUGCUGAGUCCCGGUGGUCAUUCCCAGGAUGAUGUGGCAUAGUGCUGUGUGGAGGGGGAAGCCCCCAGAUGUCCCACUGUUUCCCUCCCUUGUUCCACACGCAACUUCGGAUGUCACUAGGGACUGCACCUCCGUGUCCCCCGCUGGCCUGGGUCCGGCCCCGUCACCUCACUCCUGGUGCCCGCCCGGGAGCCGUGCAGAGAGCUGCCCCCUUGCCUCGCUCCCCACACCCAGAGGCAGCGGCCGGCGGCGGGGGCAGCCUGCAGCGCAGAAAUGAGCUGCUCCCGAUGUCGCAUUGAGGCCGCGAGCCCCCCGAGCGGGAGCGGGGACAGUGGGAAGGAGGCAGUGAAAGGUACUGUUGGCCCCAGCCUCCGGGCAAGGCCGGCGCUGUUUUCGGAUGUAAGUAGGCAGUUCCUCUGGAGAAAACACUAACCUUUCUUCCCAGCUAUCUACGGCUUGGUCGCAGCCUCCGAGCUGGAUUUGGUUCAAGGCCCUGGUUUGCAAUUGCACUGAUAUAAGUCGUUACUGUUCGGCUCCUCUCUGCUGUGUAAACAAGCUAACGGCGCGGAAAAGCACUGCUGCCUCCGGCGCUCAGGUUUUCCCGAGCAGCCACCCCUGCUCGGACGUGCUCUCCGCACCUCAUCUCCUGGCGCUUAAACAGACUCUUACUGAACAAGAAAAGGGAAAAUUUGUGAAGAACCUGUAAGUGCGCCAGGCUGUGGGCACGGCCAGUCCUGAGACCCGGGGAAAGCUGGGCAGGGGCAGGAACGGGUUGACAAUUGCCAUUAUUUGCACUUCCGGCACGAUGCUGGGCACGUGCCUGAGUCACCCCGAGCCGGGAGCCAGCGGGCUGUUUUUAAUCACCAGGAAGCACUCUGCGGGCUUUGGGCUCCUCAGGAGGCUUCGGCAUCGCCAAAAUCCAUCGCUCG